UAAUUCUUCUAUUCGCGGUGGCAGGAGCCCCUUUAACUAGAGCAUAUGAUUACGGUUGCAACCUGCCCUUACUUGACAGAGCCCAGCUGAAGGCCACAACUUCUCUGCCUGAAAGAGGUCCUAAGAAUGCUAGGCUCAAUGGUGGAUCCUAGGAAGUAACCGGCCACCUUGUAGAUGCCACAGAGUGUAUCAAUAGUACAGAGACUGAAAAUAUUAGACCAUAGAAAGAAACAUACAUGUGUAAGCUCAUAUUAAACAUGGCUAAAAUGGCUCCAAGUGGUGUUAGAUGGGCAUUCAAUUGGGCUGACUGGAACCCAACUGUGGAAGAGUUCUCUUAUGCGAUAUCAUGUAUCCAAUUGGAUGAAAAAGAAAGAUUAGGAAGAUUUGUUUUUCGAAAGGACAGCAGAGCCUCCCUCAUAGGCAGAUUACUUAUGCGAAAAUUUGUAAAUGAGUAUGUGAAAGUUCCUUAUGACAAAAUUAUGUUCACUCGUGAUGAGGGGGGCAGACCCAUCCUAGAAGUUACUCCUGGGAAUGUGGCAUUCAAUGUGUCCCAUCAUGGUCGUUACACUGUGCUGGCUGGAGAAACGAAAAAGAUUACCUUAGGGGUCGAUGUUAUGAAAGAGGAGUAUACAGGAGGCAAAGAAUUAAAGGAAUUUUUUCGAAUAAUGAAUAGAAACUUCUCUACCUCCGAAUGGGAAGAAAUUAGAGGACCAGUCGGAACACCUCAAUCAGAACAAAUUGCAAUGUUCUGUCGACAUUGGGCUCUGAAGGAGAGUUACGUCAAAGCCCUUGGGGUAGGGAUCGUUGUUAAUUUGCAAAAAUUGAAUUUCAAAACUAAAGCCAAUCUGCACGAGCACGAACUGAUCACUAAUACAGAAUUAUAUAUAGACGGUCUGAAGCAAAAUUGGUUAUUCGAGGAAUCGUUACUGGAUUCGGAUCACUGCGUUGCUGUGGCAUUGCAGGAAAAUGGUAGUAGACCUGAGUCGCAAAACGUUAAAUUUCGCAAAAUAGAUUUCGCAGAACUUAUGUCGAACGCUGUGCCGCUCUUUCCUGAGGAUCCUUCCUACUCGUCCAGAUACUUUGCAAAGUCUGAAAAACCUUGAUACUGUUAAUCGAUUAUGUCCUUAUUUUUAUAUAUUCUCCUUUUUCACGAACUCUUAUUUAUUAAACGUAUAAAUAAAUCUGAUAGAAAUUAUAACGGUUGUAUGAUACGAGAGUCAGUGGAUUAAUAAAUCUCAUAGUAAAUA